AUGCCGUCUGGAACUCCCAGCAGCUCCCGCCGCUCGCGCCCAACGCUCCGUAAUGCUACAUUUGUUCUCCCGAAAACAGGCCAGCGCCUGAAAGGCCUCGUUAACCUCCGAAACUCUCCCCCUGUCUCCGACGAAUAUAAUGACGAAAGGCGCGGGCUCCUCACAAACGAGAUCCAACAUUAUGAGGGGCGCUUCGACGCGCUCAGGCGCCGCAUACACGAUAAAUGGACCGAGACGAAUCGGUUCAUCAGGUCGGAACCGGGCAUUGGUGUCUUGAAAUACAGUCUUGCCUAUUUGGUCGGAUCUCUCGCAACUUUUAUUCCAGCACUCUCGGCCAUGCUGGGCCAUCAGGAUGGAAAGCACAUGGUGGCUACGGUCACGGUCUACUUUCACCCUGCCAGAUCUCAGGGUGGAAUGUUCAAGGCCUUGAUCUGCGCGUUCCUGGCGUUCUGCUAUUCUGCCUUUUUGACUAUUACUAGCAUGUUCGUGGAGAUGUUCUUCCAGGACACAUUGGAAAUGACUUCCCUUGGCCAUGCUGUGGUUCUGAUAGUAUUUUGUGGUGGUGGGCUUGGUUUUGUCGGUUGGACAAAGCAACGACUCGGGGAUCCUCUGGUCAACGUUGCCUGUUCACUUGCUUCUCUGUCAGCAAUUACCGUUUUGACCAAGGAAGGUGCUGUGCAAAGCGGCGAUUUGUCUCUUUCCAAGAUCUUCCAGGUCUUGAAGAUGGUCCUGAUGGGUGUAGUAGCCGUCAUGCUUGUAUCCUUCUUCGUCUUCCCCAUAUCAGCGCGCAAAAAACUGCGCUCGAACCUAGUCACGGUCACUGAUACAUUGGCUCUAAUGAUGGCGCUUAUCACGGAAAGUUUCUUGAGUGGUAGUGAGGAGGUGCUUGUCUCGGCUGAAUUUGUCGAUGCAGAGGCCAGGCACCGCAAGGCCUAUAGCCAGCUUGACAGGCUCGUCCGAGAAGCUAAACUGGAGCACUAUGUAGCAGGCACCGAAAAGGAGUACAGGCUCGAAAAGAACCUUGUCCGCUGGGUGCAAGAUAUCACCCAUAACAUGGGAGGCCUGCGUAAUGCAGCCGCUCUCCAGUUCAGUUUGAUUCGUGAGACUAUUGCCCGUGAGUCUGGCUCUCCCGAAGUUCAGCAGGGUAGCUCCACUCAUGUGGACUAUUUUACCCCCCCUGAGCGAUCCUGGUCAUUCCCCGAUGGGUCCUUUUUGGAGCCUAUCGUUGAGAGACCAGAGGAGGAACUAUCUCCAGGCGGUUCUAUACGUUCUCAUCAACUUGGAAGUGGUGAAUCAACACCCAAACCCGCACUUCUCCCGGCGGAUGUCUUCACGAUCUUCAUCUCUCAUUUGGGUCCGUCAAUGCGAUCGUUGGCCUUUACGUUGAAAGAAAUAUUUAAAGAGAUUCCAUUUGGACCUGCACCAAACUACAGAGUCUCAGUGAAUGGUCGACUGCGAAUCAGUCUUGACCGGGCGCUUGAUCUCUACAAAGAAUCGCGCCAGAAGACGCUCGAAUCCUUGUAUCAACAAAAGGAAACCAUGAAAUUGAAGACACGCGAAGCUGAAGCUGAUCUUGAGGAAGUAUCAGCCAGCUGUAGCCAUUUCAGCUUUUCCCUCCUUGAAUUUGGAGAGCAGCUCAAAGAGAUGCUUUCCAUCUUAGAUGAGCUACAGUUGGAAGUCGAAGAGCGGCCUAAUGGGCGAACCUGGUCAUGGCUUAAAGUUUGGCGGUGGUCGAGGACUACAGCGACCGCUAAAAUGGGCUCCUUUGAUGCUGACCCAUCUUCCAGAUCUUACAAUCCACCCACUACCCAGCAGAACCUCCAUAGCCAUGCCAGACAAGCAUCAGAUGGCCUGAUCGCACAUGAUAAUACACUGCCUGUCAAUGUUCAGAUACAAAAGGCCCCCUCACCAAAGGAGACAACAAAGCAAAGACUUGGUUACCGAUUAUGGAAAUGGCUUGGGUUCUUCAGACGAGAUGAUACGAAAUACGCAAUCAAGGUCGGGGCUGGAGCUGCAAUCUACGCACUGCCUGCUUUCCUUCCUUCAACUCGGCCGUUCUAUGGACGUUGGCGUGGGGAAUGGGGCCUGUUGUCCUACAUGCUUGUUUGCUCAAUGACAAUUGGGGCCUCGAACACGACAGGGUAUGCCCGAUUUCUUGGUACCUGCCUGGGGGCAGUCGCUGCCAUCGCGGCAUGGAACAUCACCGCUGGAAAUGUAUUUGGUCUUGCAUUCUUGGGAUGGAUCAUGGCCGUCUGGACUGGAUAUAUCACAAUUGUUCGUGGGAAUGGGCCUAUGGGCCGUUUCAUCAUGCUCACUUACAACCUCUCCGUGCUAUACGGCUAUUCUCUCUCUCAGAAGGCGGCAAAUUUCGACGAAGAUGAAGGUGGCUCUAAUCCAAUCAUGACUGAAAUUGCACUCCAUCGAGUUGUUGCUGUGCUUUCUGGGUGUAUUUGGGGAAUCAUCAUCACUCGAAUGAUUUGGCCCGUCAGCGCAAGAAGUAAGCUCAAGGAUAGUCUGAGCCUUCUCUGGCUGCAUCUGAGCCUUAUAUGGAAGCGUGAUCCUCUAUCCAUCAUGGCCAAAGAUACAAGGUCUAUUUUAUACAUGACACCCCGAGAGAAGCUUGAGAUUGAAAGAUUUCUGUCUCGGUUGGAGUCUCUUCAAGCUGCUGCAGGCUCUGAGUUUGAAUUGAAGAGUGCAUUCCCUGAAUCCUCGUAUGCCAAGAUUGUUCGCCGUACACGCAGCAUGGUGAAUUCUUUCCAUACCAUGAACAUCGAGCUGAUGAAGAAUGACUUGGUCACUGAAGGUGAAAUCAGCCUUCUUCAAUACACCAAAUUGGAACGACACCAGCUAUCUGCUCGCGUGAGCCAUCUAUUAACAGUGAUUGCUUCAUCAAUGAAACUCGAGUACCCUUUGAGUGAUGUGCUUCCUAGCAUUGAUCAUGCUAGAGACCGGUUGCUUGCUCGCAUCUAUCGCUAUCGCCUGGAUCGUCAAGCAUCUCAACAAACUACAGAUGAGGACUGUGCUUUGCUUUAUGCCUAUAUUUUGGUGACGGGCCAAUUAUCGAAUGAGAUUACAGAGAUCAUUGCAGAGAUCGGACAACUUUUUGGAAUUGAUCCCGCAGCUCUGAGUCGGAGUGACUCUGUCUCAAAUUCAAAAGGCGUCGUGCCCAAUGGCUCAGUAUCCGCGAAGACCUCGAGAGCUCUGAUAUCAGUGCCGAGGCUCGAGCUGGAGCAUGCCUACACGGAUCUGAAAGCCGCCAUCGGAGACAAGUGGUCUGAGUACAAAGAGGCUACGGCUCUGUUUUUACUAGGACAUUACAACCAGAGCGAAUACGCGUCGCGAGUCGACUACUUCUUAUGCGCCGAUCCUAAAAACGAACAUUUACACAACAAUUUCGUAUGCGCGCUCAUCGGAAACCUCACGCGAGACCUCCCCGAUCAUGGCGUCGCAAACUGGGUAUCGGCCAAUGACAAACCAUCAACGGUCUCAAAGCCCGUCUCCGGAGAUGCCGCGGAACAAAGAUUGAAGACGGAGGUUAUGAAACUACCUCCGAGGGACCGUCGGCGCAUAAAGGGUAUCCCAGAGCGAGAUCCCAAUGAGAAGGUGCUCACAGAGCUAGAAGAAAGCCAUCUAGCUAAGCAAUUCAAAUUGCCCAGCCAGGUUCCCGCAAGUGCAGGCGGGCUUAACAAGACUAACUGGGAACUGGAAAUCCGAAAACGAUAUGCCCAGCCCCUCGCCGCAGAAACAGGUGAAUUCCCCGAUGCCGAAUCCAUCCAUGCCCGCAUGGUUCCUAUAUGUUACGAAGAAUCUCUACCCAGCGGUGCUGGGCUUCCGUGCGCUGAGUUUAUGGCAAUUGCGACGGAAACUUUCGUGAAGGAAGUUUUGUCCGUGGUGUUUUCGCGCACCCGUUCGAAUGGCCCGUCCGGUACAAUCAACAACAUGAUGAAGCGUCAGUACCGACACCAACUGGAAAUCGAAGAGCUUGCAUAUACACGUGGGGAGAUUUCAAAGGAUGCUGCCACUGGCCUACUCCCCGUCGAAGCGAGAGAGGCCAACCUUCGAAAGCCACUGGGCGUUCGAGACCUGCGGUUGACUUUGGAGCUGGGAGGUGGUGUCCUGGGACACAUGCCACUCAUCGUAGACCAGAUCAUGGGCGGGUAUUUCGAAGACGAACUCGAGACCGAAAGAAACGAUCGUUUGGAGAAUGGCGUCGGUGAGCCACAACAAGAAAUCAAACCCGAAGACGAGAUGGACUUGGACGAAGAUGAAGACGGUUCUCUGCUAGACUGGGAAGGCGGCACACUUGGUGAUCGAGAUCAGUUGAGCUCCUUGCUCGACGAGUGUCUGUCCAUGGCUGCAUGA